AUUACACAGAUGCACAGCUGGACGUGGGAUCCACACAGCUCAGAACAGUUGGAUCUUGCUCAGUCUCUGUCAGAGGAAGAUCCCUUGGUAAGUUGGGGAUGGUGUGACCUGCCCCCUUCUCCUUAUUCUCACAAUAGCUCUAUAAGGGAAGGAUCAUUCAGCUUUUGUAUAUGAGUUCGGAGAGUUUAUGUAAUUGGUUCAGAUCAGACAGGAAAGCAGCAGCCGAGCCGGGAUUUGCACCAAGGCUUGAGUCUGAUUGCUCCCUCCCUCCUGCUGUGCCCUUAAACUGUAGAGAGAGGUGACGAAAACAGCUCAGAUGGGUUCACAAAGCUCCCUGGGCUCAGCUCUGGUUCUGACAGCCUCAGACACAGCCAGCUGACCCCAGAAGAAAGACUUCUGGGGUCAUGGAGAAGAAACAGGCUGUGCUGUGUCCCUGACGGGAAACAUGGCUGAGACAGGGGAGUGAGAAGGUCACACUGCAGAAUGGUGCCUAUGGCAUGAUGCCAGCUUUGCAAUCAUGAGAUUCAAAAGCCACACUGUGGAACUGGUUAAGAAAAACAUUCCGGUCUGGACAGUGACUGGAGAGCUCCAAGGAAAGCCCCUCGGUAACCCGGCUGCUGGCACCAUGAACCCAGAGAGCAGCAUCUUUAUUGAGGAUGCCAUUAAGCAUUUCCAGGAAAAAGUGAGCACACAGAAUCUGCUACUCCUGCUGACUGAUGAUGAGGCCUGGAACAGAUUCGUGGCUGCUGCUGAACUAACCAGGGAUGAGGCAGAUGAGUUCCACAAAGCUCUGAACAAGCUUGCAAGACACGUAAUCAUGAAGGACAAAAACUGGCAUGAUAAAGACCAGCAGCACAGGAAGUGGUUUUUGAAAGAGUUUCCUCACUUGAAAAGGGAGCUUCAGGAUCACAUAAUAAGGCUCCAUGUCCUUGCAGACGGGGUUGAGCAGGUCCACAGAGGCACCACCAUCACCAACGUGGUGUCCAGCACUGCCGGUGUUAUCUCUGACAUCUUGACCCUCAUCGGCAUCGGUCUGGCACCCUUCACAGAAGGAAUCAGUCUUGGGCUCUCGGAAACUGGGAUGGGGAUGGGAAUAGCGGCCGCUGUGACCGGGAUUGCCAGCAAUGCUGUGGAACAAGCAAAGAAAUUGUGGGCACAAGCCCAAGCCGGCAACUUAGACCAAAGAGACCCUGACAUAGCGAAGGUAAUAAAGGAAUUUAUGGGUGAGAACACACCCAACUUUCUUUCCUUAAUUGACAAUUCUUACCAAGUCAUACAAGGCAUUGGGAAGGACAUCCGUGCCAUCAGACAAGCUAGAUCCAACUCUCAAUUGGAACCAUCUGCCACACCCCUUGAGAUCAUUGGGCAAAUCUCAGCUGAAAGCGAUGAAGAAGUGGGGAGAGUUACUGAAAGCCCCACCCUGGAAAUGAGCAGAGGAACCAAGAUUGUGGGUGUGGCCACUGGAGGCAUCUUGCUUGUGCUGGACGUGGUCAACCUUGUGUAUGAGUCAAAGCACUUGCAUGAGGGGGCAAAGUCAGAGUCAGCUGAGGAGCUGAAGAAGCGGGCUCAGGAGCUGGAGGGGAAGCUCAACAUUCUCACCAAGAUCCAUGAGAUUCUACAGGUGGACCAAGAACUGUGACCCCAGAGCAGGGCAGCCACCAGGGGAAGUGUGCCAGGCACAGGCCAGGACAAAAUGCAAACUUUUUUUUUUUUUGAGAUGGAGUCUCACUCUGUCGCCAGGCUGGAGUACAGUGGUACGAUCUCGGCUCACUGCAACCUCCGCCUCCCAGGUUCAAGCCAUUCUCCUGCCUCAGCCUCCUGAGUAGCUGGGACUACAGGUGAGCAACACCACACCCGGCUAAUGUUUGUAUUUUUAGUAGAGAUGGGGUUUCACCAUGUUGGCCAGGAUGGUCUCGAUCUCUUGACCUCAUGCUCCACCCUCCUCGGCCUCUCAAAGUGUUGGGAUUACAGGCGUUAGCCACCAUGCCGGCCAAAAUACAAACAUUGUAUUAGGUGGAUAAACAGGGUGAGGUAAAGUUUAUGGAACUGAGUGUUAGGGACUUUGGCAUGUCUGUAGCUGAGCACAGCAGGGGAGGGGUUAAUGCAGAUGGCAAGUGCGCCAAGGAGAAGGCAGGAAUGCUGGGGCCUGGAAUAAGGGAAGAGAGGGGACUGGAGAGUGUGGGGAAUGGGAAGAAGCAGUUUACUUUAGACUAAAGAAUAUAUUGGGGGAGGAAUAGAGGGAGACGUGCAGGAGCCAGCAAUGAGAAGGCCAGGAAAAGAAAGAGCUGAAAAUGCAGAAAGCCAAAGAGUUAGAACUGUUGGAUACAGGAGAAGAAAGAUUGGCUCCACUAUCGACCUGCCCCAAGAUUUGAUGUCCUUCCAAGAAUGAAGUUUUUCCCUGCUGAUGGUCUCUCACUCUGUCUUUCCAGCAUCCACUCUCACUUGUCCUUGUGGGGGCGUGUCUCAGUCAGCCAGUGGCUUCUUGAUGAUGGUGGUUGGGGUGGUUGUCGUGUGACGGGUCCCCUCCAGGUUACUAAAUGGUGUAAGUCCCCUGCUUGAACCCUGAAAGGCAGGUGGUGGGCCAUGGCCAUGGUCCCCAGCUGAGGAGCAGGUGUCCCUGAGAACCCAAACUUCCCAGAGAGUAUCUGAGAACCAACCAAUGAAAAUAGUCCCAUCGCUCUCACCCAGUAAGUAAACAGUCAGAAAAUUAGCAUGAAAGCAGUUUAGCAUUGGGAGGAAGCGCAGAUCUCUAGAGCUGUCCUGAGACCGCCCAGGAGUGCCCUGUGUGUAAGUCCUAAUAAACUCACCUACUCACCAA